AGUGAAGUUUGGGCACGUCUCGCAGUUUAUGCAUACAUACCGGUGAGCUCGAGACGAAGAUGUCCCGUGAAGAGCUGUACGGGAAAUAACGUGGAGACGGUUGUUUGGUUUUCCUUAGCUGGUUUGAACUCGUUUUAUCGCAGUGUUGAUCCAGUUUAAGAGUUUGGCAAGAAGUUUUUUUUAACCUCUUUCACAGCUAUAGUCCUCUAUCUAACUCUGAUCUGCUCGCGCGCGGCUUUUUCCGGUCUGAUUAUGCCGCCGGUAGAAACCGAGACCGGGCAGAUUAAAGCCCGGAUACAGGAGCUCAUCGACACCAAUCUUGUUGUAAUUUUCAGCAAAAGCUACUGCCCCUACUGUAAAAAGGUGAAGGCGCUCUUUGAAGAGUUGAAUGUGACUUUUGAAUCCAUAGAACUGGAUCUGAUUGACAAUGGCACCACCUACCAGGACGUGCUGAUGGAGAUGACUGGACAGAAAACCGUCCCCAACGUCUUCAUCAACAAGACACACGUAGGAGGCUGCGAUAAGACCAUGCAGGCAUAUAAAGAUGGCCAUAUACAGCAGCUUUUGGGAGCAGAGAGCACGGCGUACGAUUAUGACCUCAUUGUGAUAGGAGGUGGCUCUGGAGGUCUGGCCUGCUCAAAGGAAGCAGCUGCCUUGGGGAAGAGGGUCAUGGUUCUGGAUUAUGUUGUCCCCACACCUUUGGGCACAUCUUGGGGUCUGGGUGGCACAUGUGUGAACGUGGGCUGUAUUCCAAAGAAGCUGAUGCAUCAGACCGCCCUGCUGAGUACUGCUCUGGAAGAUGCCCGCAAAUUUGGCUGGGAGUUCAGUGAGGAAGUAAGUCAUAACUGGGAAACGAUGAAGAGUGCUGUGAAUAACUACAUCGGCUCUUUGAACUGGGGCUACAGAGUGUCUUUACGUGACAAGAACGUUAACUAUGAGAAUGCUUAUGCAGAGUUUGUGGAGCCACACAAAAUCAAGGCCAAAACCAAGCGAGGCAAAGAGACGUUCUACACUGCAGCCAAAUUUGUGCUGGCAACAGGAGAGCGGCCGCGCUACCUGGGCAUCCCUGGAGACAAAGAAUACUGCAUCACCAGUGAUGAUCUGUUCUACUUGCCCUACUGUCCUGGUAAGACGCUAGUAGUCGGAGCAUCAUACGUGGCUCUGGAGUGUGGAGGAUUCCUGGCAGGUCUGGGGCUUGAUGUCACCAUAAUGGUACGCUCCAUUCUGCUGAGAGGCUUUGACCAGGACAUGGCCAACCGUGCAGGAGAGUACAUGGAGACACAUGGGGUCAAAUUCCUCAGGAAGUUUGUCCCUGUUAAGGUAGAGCAGCUUGAGGCCGGCACUCCAGGCAGAUUGAAAGUGACUGCAAAGUCUACAGAGACUGAUGAGAUCAUCGAAGGAGAGUACAACACUGUACUGAUAGCUGUGGGUCGUGACGCUUGUACAGGAACUAUAGGUCUUGACAAGGCUGGGGUCACUGUUAACCCAAAGAAUGGGAAGAUCCCAGUAAAUGAUGGGGAGCAGACCAACAUUCCACACAUCUAUGCUAUUGGUGACAUCCUGGAGGGCAAGUGGGAGCUGACUCCUGUGGCCAUUCAGGCUGGAAAACUGCUGGCUCGCAGGCUUUUUGGAGGAUCCUCUGUAAAGUGUGACUAUGUGAAUGUUCCUACUACUGUGUUCACACCUCUGGAGUAUGGCAGUUGUGGUCUUUCUGAGGAAAAGGCCAUAGAGCUUCAUGGAGAGGGAAACCUGGAGAUUUUUCACAGUCUGUUUUGGCCUCUGGAGUACACCAUACCCAGCAGGGACAACAACAGGUGCUAUGCCAAGAUCAUCUGCAACAAGUUGGACAAUGAUCGUGUCAUUGGUUUUCACUACCUGGGGCCUAACGCUGGAGAGGUGACUCAGGGCUUUGGUGCUGCCAUGAAAUGUGGAGUCACAAAGGAGCAGUUAGACAGCACCAUUGGGAUACACCCUACCUGUGCUGAGAUCUUCACCACGAUGGAAGUCACCAAGAGGUCAGGUGGUGACAUCGUCCAAUCUGGUUGCUGAGGUUAAACCCUGCUUGUUUAAUAGGCUGUCCUAAAACUGUAUGAGCUGGUUCACACUAGUUUAUACUGGCCUCAUCCAUCCUUUAAGCAGUUUCUCAGCUUUUUCCUCUGUGCAUUCAAAACAAGCUUGUCCACCAGAUCCCUGUCUUUUGAGCUUUUGAGCUCCACUCAAGGCUAAACCAAGUAUCCAAAGAGAUGAUCAACUACAAAACAAUAAGAGGGCUUGUGCUUUUAUCCCAUUCUAGCUUAGAGUGCACUCAAGUUUAAUUAUACUAAAGAAAUGUGGGUUAGCUGUGGCCUUGGGGGGUCUAGGUUUGUAGAUGUUCUUUAAAUGUAACUGCUGGAUACCACUUGAAGCUUCUAGGGUUCCUCUUUAGGAGCAAGUGUUUUAGUGGUUGCAUUUAAGAAAGUCCUCAUUCUGUGGUCCUUCAGGACUGAGCUUAACCUGCUACAGAGGAAAGAAGCGAAAAUGCUAUAGGACAGCCUGUUAAACAGCGGGGUUACUCUGCUGCUCCAAAUCCUCCAAGUUUUAAGUCAGAAUUGCACUAGGGAGGACGCAUGCUUUUGUGCUCACACUCCCAAGUGCUGUGUGACGUUUUAGCUCUUAACCUGAAUUCUGAGGUGGGCUAAGACUGAUAAGUCUGUGCUUAGUCUUAAGAGGUAAACACGCUUUCUUGUACAAACACUCGUCCAGCAACCUCAGCUCCAGGCUCACAAGAAGGACUUGGGGCUAUCGAUUUCCCAAAAAUACUGCAGUGCUGCACAAUCAUGACUGUUAGAACAGGGUCUCUGAGCACAUAUGAUGAAUACAUGGAAAGACCAGGUAGAAUUACUUUAAUGAUUUAAUGCACUGUAGCCUAGGAUAUCAAUAUCCAUUAAUGCUAAACACGUUUGUUAAACAUUUUUUGGGAACUCAGGCCAGAUUUACUUUAAAAAUUUGUGGUAUGUGGUCUACAUUGUCUUCUGUUUGUUUUUGUCAUUUAUUUGUUCUUGUAUCAUUUACAGACAUUCCAUCCAUUGACCAUUUAAUGAUUUUAGUUGUUUUUGUUCUUUUUUUUUUUUUUUUUUUCACUUCAAUGUCUAAUUGGAAAGUUCUUCUAAACAGCCAGUCAUGAGGGAAUAAAUUAUGGUCUUGCUAAAGCUCAAAACAAAACUGGUUUAUAGUUUGACAAAAUAUUAGGUGUCAAACAGAAUUAAAUGGAAGUGUGUGUGUGUGAGAAAUUCUUGUCCCUGGUUUUGAUUUAAAUGCACCCAACUUUUCAAUCUAAUUUGCUUUUUAUUUGAAAGUUGUUCAGAUCCUAGCCAAAUGCCUUUCAGCUUGAGCUCUCUGUUUGAGAUAUAUUAGACACCAACUGGUUGCUGUGGACUCUUAUGAAAUGUAAAACCCUGCUGAUGUAUUGUUACUUAGCAACAAUGCCUGGUAAAUGUACAAACCACUGUUUCCAUGAUAUUUGUUUUUGGAGUAAUUGAAAACUUUAAUAAAGCUAUGUACACUGAA